UCUCUGAGGCUGAUCCCGCACCUCCCCGCAGGCCGGCGGAGAGCCCGCAGCCCCGGAGCGCCGGGCCGGGCACCGGGAGCCAACGGGACACGGGUGACCCUGCUGGGUGAGGAGGAGGAGGAGGAGGCGGCAGCAGCGCAGGCAGCCGUGCUGACCAUCGUCCCGGUCUUCUGUGCCAUGGGAUUGUUGGGAAUCCUGGUCUGCAACCUGCUGAAGAAGAAGGGUUAUCACUGCACCGCCAGCAAGGAGCCCCAGCCCGGUGGCACCGGUCCCAGCUCCAUCUACCAGCUGGAGGAUGCCAAUGAGGACACCAUCGGGGUGCUGGUGCGGCUGAUCACCGAGAAGAAAGAAAAUGCAGCGGCGCUGGAGGAGCUGCUGAAGGAGCACCAGAGGCAGCAGCUGAUGCCCCCGAGCUGUGCCCCCCUCAAUAAGCUGCACCUCCUGCCUCAGUUUCCCCCCGCCUGCCAGCACCAGCAGCACCUGCACACGGUGCAGGGACCGGCCCCCUGUGCCCGCUGCGGCCAGAAGUGGCCCGAGGUGCUGCCAUCGCUGAGUGCCACCAAAGUCCCCAAGGCUGGAGCUCAUCCCAGCGAGGUGACCAUCCUCUCCAUCGGCAGGUUCCGGGUGUCCCGGAUCCCUGAGGUGAGGAGUGAGGCGGGGGCUGAGCCCCUCCGUGCUCCCCUCCCCGCCGGCAGCGGGAUGUGACCCCCGCGAUGGAGCAGCACCAAGGGCCCCCCGAGCAGGCACCUGGCCUGGGGGCUGCCUCAGGGGUCAGUGACACCCACAAAGACCCCGUGGAGGGGAUGGAGGACACUGGGCAUUGUGUGAAAGCCGGGCCCGCUCGGAGCUGCAGAGUGCUGGAGGUGGCAGCUCUGCUCCUGCCACCGAGGCGUCCAACAGCAGCACAGCAAAUCCAGCAUCUCGCUCGGCUGCUGAGAAGGAUUCUCUGUCCCAGAGGCCUGGUGGUGGCCACAGCAUGGUGGCCUGAGGGACAGUAACUCAGGAGCUGCGAUGCCGGUGGUGGUGGCCAUAGGAAUCGUCGUCUCUGGGAGCCAUGAUACCACAACACAGCUCCACUGGAAGGACAGAGGACACUGGAUGCCAUUCCAUGGUCACCUUCUGGGUCUGUUGACCAUCAUGAACUCCUGAUUUCCCCCCAUCACCUGGUGCCAGCACUCAGCAUCGCAGGAUAAUGAAUCACUGGAUCACGGAAUGACUCCCCCCUUCCCAACAACCCAGCUGGGGCACUGAUUUCUCUGGGCAAGGCUGGUCUCCAUCCCUCCCUCCAUCCCUCCCUCCAUCCCUCCCUCCAUCCC